AUGGAUCCCAAAUAUUCCGACACGGUUGUCGUUGAGAGCCACCAUGGUAAGGUCGAAAGCACGCGGGAAGCCCAAGGUUACGCGGGUCUCGACCCGGAAGAAUUGAAGACUCUCGAGACUCGAAUCCGAUGGAAGACCGAUUUGCGCCUCUGCACCAUUGCUGGUAUCUUGUGCAGUCUCAAUCUGCUUGAUUCCGGCAUCUUGUCAUCAGCCUCGGUUACCAGCAUGCCCGACGACCUUGAUCUUGUUGGCACGCGAUACUCCGUCUCGGUCUUCAUCUUCACCAUCGCCAGUAUCGUCUUCCAGCUGCCAUCGACCAUCGCAGUCCGCUGGGUCGGGCCACGCAUCUGGUUCGCAUGCAUCGCCUUCGCCUUCGGACUGAUCACAAUGUGCACGGCCUUCAUCCACACCUGGAAGGAGAUGAUCGCCCUCCGCGUGCUCCUGGGUAUGUCCAUGUCGGGAAUUUACCCGGGUCUGACCUAUCUCAUCAGCGCCUGGUACCCGCGGCGGGAGCAGCAGCUGCGAUUCGCCCUGAUGCAGUCGGGUGAAGUCAUCGGUCUCGCAACAGGCUACAUCGUGAACUACGGCCUAGAACUGUUGGAUGGAAGAGCAGGCAUGCAAGGCUGGCGCUGGAUGUACCUCGUGCAGGGCCUCAUUAGCUGCGUCAUUGGCAUAGCCACCUACUGGUGGAUCAUCGACUUUCCAGAGAAUGCGCAUCGCAGCUUUUGCUUCAUGUCCGAGCUGGAGGCCCGUGUCGCUGCCCAGCGCAUCAAGGCAGACCGCGAUGAUAUCGUUCCGGACCCGUUCUCAUGGCGCAAGGUUCUCGCACCUUUCGCCGACCCGAAACUGUACGGCUUCGCAUGCAUGUACUUCCUGUUGAACCUGGUAUCCACAGCGUUGAACUACUUCCUCCCCAUGAUUCUCGAGGAUGGCAUGGGGUUCUCGAGCAACGCUUCAAUUCUCCUAUCCACGCCGCCAUAUUACUGGGCUGUCAUCCCCGUCAUCUUCACCUCCUUCGUCGGAGACAGACUCCGCAUCCGCGGCCCCCUCAUCGCCUUCAACGCCCUCUGCCUCAUCGCCGGGUUCCUCAUGUUCGGCCUCCCGUCAUCCACGCAAGUCACCGUCCGAUACAUAGGAACGUUCCUCGCGACAGGAGCAUACGUCUCCAACUGGGCAGCUCUGAACGCCUUUAUGGCCAAUAACGUGGUUGGCCAAUGGAAGCGCGCGACCACAGCGGCGGCAGUGUCAGCCUGUAAUGGCCUGGGCGGUGUUGCGGGUAGCUACAUUGUACGACAGCAGGAAGCACCGCGAUAUGAGACGGCAGUCUGGGUGUCUAUCGGAUCCCAUAUCCUAAUGAUAGUGCUAGUGUGUGUUUUCACCUUGUUUUUCUGGCACCUCAAUCGGCAGCAAAAGCACAAGGGAAAGCUUAUCCAGAAUAUGGUCGGAUUCCGCUAUACUUAUUAA